CGUCCCCUCUUCUCGCCAUUGUCGCCCCACAAGGCUCACGUCACUUCUGGGAGGGGGCAUCUUCCCCUACUCAGCGCGUACUUCCGCCCGCUCCUUCACUUAGUCCUUUAACACGAGUGAAGCCACUUCCGGCUUUCUCUGGUGCCUUCCGCAGUUCUCUUCCGGGUGGUGGCGGGCGGGUGCCCGGAUGUAGCCCUGGCGAAAGCCUCUCUCCCUAUUCCCCCCCGCCUUUCCUGGAUUCUUAGCUUGGGGAAGGCCCCUCUGUCCAGUCAUGCCAAAGAGGAAAGUGACCUUCCAAGGCGUGGGAGAUGAGGAUGAUGAGGGUGAAAUCAGUGUCCCCAAGAAAAAGUUGGUGGACCCUGUGGCUGGGACAGGGGGUCCUGGGAGCCGCUUCAAAGGCAAACACUCUUUGGACAGCGAUGAGGAGGAUGAUGAUGAAGGGUCCAGCAAAUAUGACAUCCUCGCCUCAGAGGAUGUAGAAGGUCAGGAAGCAGCCACGCUCCCCAGUGAGGGAGGUGUGCGGAUCACACCCUUCAACCUGCAGGAGGAGAUGGAGGAAGGCCACUUCGAUGCCGAUGGCAACUAUUUCCUGAACCGAGAUGCUCAGAUCCGAGACAGCUGGCUGGACAACAUUGACUGGGUAAAGAUCAGGGAGCGGCCACCCGAUCAGCGGCCACCGUCAGACUCAGAGGACGAGGACAGCUUGGGCCAGACACCAAUGAGCGCCCAAGCCCUCCUGGAGGGCCUUCUGGAGCUCAUGUUGCCAAGAGAGACAGUGGCUGGGGCACUGAGACGCCUGGGAGCCCGAGGAGGAGGCAAAGGGGGCAGCAAGGGACCUGGGCGGCCCAGUUCCCCCCAGCGUCUAGACCGGCUCUCUGGGUUGGCUGACCAGAUGGUGGCCCGGGGCAACCUUGGAGUGUAUCAGGAGACAAGGGAACGUUUGGCCAUGCGGCUGAAGGGGUUGGGGUGCCAGACCCAGGGACCCCGUGACCCCACACCCCCACCCUCCCUGGACAUGUUUGCUGAGGAAGUGGCGGAGGGGGAGCUGGAGACCCCAACCCCUGCUCAGAAAGGGGAAGCAGAGUUGCCUGGAGAUGGUCUGGCAGAUGUGAUGUGGGAAUAUAAAUGGGAGAACACAGGAGACGCUGAGCUGUAUGGGCCCUUCUCCAGCACCCAGAUGCAGCUCUGUUCUCUGUUCCUUCAGACCUGGGUGAAUGAAGGCUACUUCCCGGAUGGUGUUUAUUGCCGGAAGCUGGACCCCCCUGGUGGACAGUUCUACAACUCCAAACGGAUUGACUUUGACCUCUACACCUGAGCCUCCUGAGGGCCGAGUUUGGUGGCCCCUUCUUUCCUGGACUCUUUGGAGGAGGCCUCGGCUCCCUUAGGCAGUGAGAAUAUUGGGGGCCGCUUUUCAGUCAAUUUCCUUUUCCCAAUAAAAGUCUUUAGUUGUGUAUCAGGGCCUUGGCUGUGCUGAUGGCCAGAAGCCAGGGACCUUUUCCACACCCCUUUGGACUUGUUUCGGCCCUUGAGUGUUUCCUCUCAUAAAGUUCCUCCUUGGGAGUGUCUCUCUA